AUGCCGUCGCGCUUAAGUGCGCCCGUGCUGUCGUUAGACGCAGGUAAAAUGCACGAAAUCGACCCUGCCAACGCUUGCAGUUUGAUGGCGAUGUGGUCGAUCUUUGCAAAGUGCUCAGAGUCGUUGAAAGACGGUCCGCGGUUAGAGAAUAUGAGUUGGCGAGUAUGGUCGCGCGAGUCGCUAUGCGUUACUUCAAUCGACUCGCCACCAGCGAGCUCAAGCGAAGUGCCAUCUUUGUCAAACUCCUACUCUUCGGACAACAGCAUGGGUGAGCAAGACUCACACCGAAGCAAUUCCCGAUCCAGAUCAUUUGCGCACGAGGAGAGCGCAAGAUCCCUCUCCAAGUCAAGACACCUGACACCUCUUACGCUCGAAAAGAUUGUGGUCACGAUACAAGAGAAGACGGAAAUAUGUCCUUUGUCUCCUUCCAUUGAAGCCAGUCUUCCGGCUCUACCGACUAGUUCUGAACCCCAGCCCCAGGCAGUGCCCAAUCCUGAAUCCACCGCUGAAGUCGAGUCUGGGCAUCUUCGAGAUUCAACCGAUUCUUGCAUGUCAAACACCACCGCCGCUACCACCAGUACUGCUCGCCAGAGUGAACAUCGGAAUUCCGACACUUCAGUUUCCUCGGAUGGGCUGGUCCGAACUCAAUCUAUCGUCCAUGGAUUCUCUCCUGUCACGUCUUCGUUCAGGAAGACAAAUACCAUCGUCCAGCCUACCCCGCCCUCCAAACUGAUACCCAGGGGCAAGUCCUCGAUCAAGCCUGCCAUGUUCACCCUUGGCGGGUCUUCCGAGGAUGAGUCAUCUUUUGAACAAAGAGUACUGACCCAGAGACCUAUGCCUCAGAAGAGCUCGUUGUCUCAAAGCCUGAGCAAACGAAACCUCGCCAAAGGCUCGACUGAGCGACUGCAACCGAAGAGGACCUCCUUCCGGGAUAUCAUCGCGACUCGCCAGAUACAGGAAGACGCGGAAAACGAAGGCGCCAUUGCCAGUAGCGACGAAGACGAGGAUACGGAUGAAGCGAUCGAGUCCGCCAUCGACGACGACGAAGACGGUGAUGAAUGGGAGGAUUCCAAUUCGGAUGAUGGAAGAGUGGUACAGGAGCCCAAUCUCUUCCGCCGAGUCGAAAGUCGUCCCGACCUGGUGUCACGGCGGUCGAUGUUGACGUUGGCCCUUCAUAAAGGACAAGGAGGGCUGAACCACGCCUAUUCACAGCCGGUGCUCCAUCGCAACGGCGUGCCAUCUCCGCAAGGGAAGUCUGCGGCCGGCUCGCUCGAGGACGAGGAAGGCAUGAUGAUGCAGACGUCGAAGAGACCACCCAUAGCAAUUCCUCCCCCGCAGAUUUCGUCCAAAGCUGUGGCGCAUUCUCCACGGACCACGAGACGCAACAUGCUCGCCACCGAGUUGACCGAAUCCUUACGCAAGAAUCUUCUCUGGGAGAGACAACAGAAGUCACAGACGGCCAAUGCAUUCCUGAAGCGAAGUCGGAAUGCACAAAGCAUGGCCAACCUUCAGAGACAUGCCAGUUCGACGGCCAGCCCCACCCAGCCACCUGCACCGCAAGAAACGUCGAAGAACAACUCGUGGAACCACUAUUUCGAUAACCCGUGGGAGUAUCAUGCCAAGGGCUGGUGA